GGUUGCGGAGCUGGGCCAGAGUUUCUCUAGAUCGGGGGGAUUAUCACACACACAUCCACGCAGUUACUGGGACGGGCUGUUGCCAGCCCCAGGAAAGUAGAGACUGCAUCCCCUGACUAACGGAGGAGCACACAACUGCGUUUCCAGGAGCAUGCAUCUGCACUGAGGGAGUCGUUCUGUGUAAAGGUCGGAAGAGAAGGAUCGUUGCAUUGAGAUGGCAGAGCAAGAUAACCCGAAUCCCAAGCCCCAUAAGUUAUUCCGGGAAAGCCGGAGGACGGCGAGGCGCAGGAGGAACUUACCUGAAUCCCAGGAACCCAAGGUGGAGGAGGACAAAGGGGAGAAGCAGAACUUCGGGGAGAAGUUCGUCAUGGAGAAGGUCCACGAGUUCUUCCAGGAGUGCGGCGUGGGUGAGAGGGGCUUCAUCACACGGGAAGACAUGCAGAAGCUGCAGCAGAAGUUUCCCUUCAGUUCAGAGGAGUUGGAGAUGGUGUUUGAUAAGCUGGAUGUGGACACCAAAGGCAUUCUGACCCCUGAACAGCUUACCGAGGGGCUGAGCCACUUCCUGAGCGACCAGGGGGAGGACAAGGAUGUUUCAUGUCUGAAGCUUGCUGCCGAACCCCAGUACUGCGACUCCCAAUCCCACAGCCUCCAGGACCAGGUUGACGUUGAAGAUGAGGAGAAGCAUCAGUUUGCCGCACUGAUGGGGAAACUGGGAGCCACUGUCAUCUUUGAAGAUAAGUCAGAGAUUUGGAAGCUGUGGAUCCAGCUCAGACGCAACGAGCCAAACUUGUUGGGGCACCUGGAGGACUUCCUAUCCAAAGUGACUUGCCAAAUCCAGGACACUCUGCAUGAGAAGGAGGAUUUGGAACGCACCCUAAAAAAGAAGAUGGUGGAACACAAUGCAGACACGCAGAGACUCUAUGAGGAGAUGGAGCUUCAAAUCAACAAUGAGAAGGAAAGGAUAGAGGAUGAGAUUGUUGUGAGGUUCCAAGCCCAGAGUCAAGACCUACAAAAGGAGUUAGACAGCAAACAGGAAGAAGUGCAACAUCUGGUCCAGGUGCAGGCACAGUUACAGGCAGAGCUCAUGUUACUGGGCUGCAAACAGGACGAGGCCAACACUGAGAACCAGGAGAUCAAGAUGAGCAACCAGGAGCUCAAGAUGAGCAACCAGGAGAUGGCGUUGCAGGUGGAGGGGAUCCAACAGGAGCUGCAGGAGGCACGGGAUCGGCUGGUGAUUCGCAAGGAGGAAGCAGCUCACCGGGAGGAGAGAGAAGGGGAGUGGAGGCAGUCUCUUGGCCUGGAGGGGCCAAGCUCGGAAGAAGCUGUUCAGCAGUUACAGGCUGAGCUUGUGUCCAUGUGCAGUAAACAUGACGAGAUCAGCAAUGAGAACCAGGAGCUCAAAUACCUCAACCAGAAGCUGGAGACGGGGAUGGAGGGGAUCCAAGCGGAGCUGCAGGAGGCUCGGGAUCGACUGGAGGGGAAGAAUGGAGAGUGUAAUCGAACCCCGGACAAUGCGAGGCCGUGCUCGGAAGAGGCUGAUCAGCAGUUACAGGCGGAGCUCGAGUCCCUGCGCAGUAAACAGGACGAGACCAGCACUGAGAACCAGGAGCUGCAUCUCACCAACCAGGAGCUGGAAGCUCGGCUGGAGGGGAUUCAACAAGAGCUGCAGGAGGCUCGGGAUCGGCUGGUGAUCCUCCAGGAGGAAGUAGCUCACCGAGAGGAGAGAGAAGGUGAGUCGGAUCCAUCUCCAGGGUCGUGCUCCAAAGAAGCUUUUCAGCAGUUGCAGGCGGAGCUCGUAUUCUUGCGCAGUAAACAGGAUGAGACAGGCACUGGGAACCAGGAGCUGCAUCUCACCAACCAGGAGCUGGAGGUGCGGCUGGAGGGGAUCCAACAGGAGCUGCAGGAGGCUCGGGAUCGGCUGGUGAGCCUCCAGGAGGAAGCAGCUCACCGAGAGGAGAGAGGAGGAGAGUUGGAUCCAUGUCCAGGCAGUGCAGGUCCGUGUACAGAAGAAGCUUUUCAACAGUUACAGGCAGAGCUCGUGUCCCUACGUAGUAAACAGGACGAGACCGGCACUGAGAACCAGGAGCUGGAAGCACGGCUGGAGGGGAUCCAACAGGAGCUGCAGGAGGCUCGGGAUCGGCUGGUGAGCCUCCAGGAGGAAGCAGCUCACCGAGAGGAGAGAGGAGGAGAGUUGGAUCCAUGUCCAGGCAGUGCAGGUCCGUGUACAGAAGAAGCUUUUCAACAGUUACAGGCGGAGCUCGUGUCCUUGCGCAGUAAACAGGAUGAGACAGGCACUGAGAACCAGGAGCUGCAUCUCACCAACCAGGAGCUGGAAGUGCGGCUGGAGGGGAUCCAACAGGAGCUGCAGGAGGCUCGGGAUCGGCCGGUGAGCCUCCAGGAGGAAGCAGCUCACCGAGAGGAGAGAGGAGGAGAGUUGGAUCCUUCUUCAGGCAGUGUCGGCCCAGGUUCCGAAGAACCUAUUCUAAAGUUACAGGCGGAGCUCGUGUCCCUGCGGAGUAAAGAGGACGAGACCAACACUGAGAACCAGGAGCUGCAUCUCACCAACCAGGAGCUGGAAGGACGUCUGGAGGGGAUCCGACAGGAGCUGCAGGAGGCUCGGGAUCGGCUGGUGAUCCUCCAGGAGGAAGCAGCUCACCGGGAGAAGGGAGAAGGAGAGUUGGAUCGGACACCUGGCACUGAGGGACAGUGCUCUGAAGAAGCUAUUCAGCAGCUACAGGCGGAGCUCGUGUCCCUGUGCAGUAAACUGGACGAGACCAGCACUGAGAACCAGGAGCUCAAGCUGACCAACCAGGAGAUGAAGACACAAUUGGAGGGGAUCCAACAAAAUCUGCAGGAGGCUCAGGAUCAGCUGGUGAUCCUCCAGGAGGAGAAAGAAAAAGGCGAGGAUCAACUGUCUGGCAGUGGAAGAGCAGAUUCUGAUGAAGUUGUCCUGCAGUUACAGGCGGAGCUCGAGUCCCUGCGCAGUAAACAGGACGAGACCAGCACUGAGAACCAGGCGCUCACUUUGAUCAACCAGGAGCUGGAAGCACGGCUGGUGGGGAUCGACCAGGAGCUGCAGGAGGCUCGGAAUCAGCUGGUGAUCCUUCAGGAGGAAGCAACUCACCGAGAGGCGGGGGAAGGACUCCAGAGAACUCGCUCCAUCCGACGCCGUGUCACCCGCGACCCCCACCUGCAGGUCAAAGGUCAGGAAGUGACCCUGGGAAUGGGUGACGACGGAGACGAUGGGGAAACAGCAGCAGCUUCAGCAGGAGAUGGAGCAGUAGAGAGAACCAAAAAGAUGGCGGGCUCCAAGGAUCCCGACCAAGUCUACAACAUCAUGUUCGUGGGGAAUUCCAAUUGUGGGAAAACAUCCUUCAUCCAGCAUUUCUGUGAUGGUAAUAUCCAGCCGGAAUUAUCUACCACCGUAGGGAUCGAUUAUCGAGUGAAGACCCUGAUGGUGGGGGACAGACACGUAGCCCUCCAACUGUGGGACACUGCGGGUCAGGAGCGGUACCACAGUGUGGCCAAACAGUACUUUAGGAAGGCAGACGCAGUGAUUGUGAUGUACGACAUUGCUUCCUCGAGCUCGUUCAGUAAGGUGCACUAUUGGUUGUCCUGUGUCAAGGAAACAACAUCUGAUGAUGUCUGCAUUCUUCUGCUGGGAAACAAAAUGGAUGACACUGCCCACCGUCAAGUCUCCAAAGCUGAGGCAGAACAACUUGCUCAGGACAACAACAUCUUGUUCUACGAAUGCAGUGCCCACACUGGUCAGAACAUCAUUGCCUGCAUAGAGCAUCUCUCAAAAUCGCUGAAGCAGCAGGAAGAGAGGAUUCAAGGGAAGACGGUGGAAUUGGUGAAGAAGCCGGCAGAGAAGCGGUGUUGUUAGAAAACAUGGAAAAUAGGUGCAGGAGUAGGCCAUUCGGCCCUUCGAUCCAGCAUCGCCAUUCAAUAUGAUCAUGGCUGAUCCAAA